AUGCAUCAGACCGUCAAAAGUAGCAACAAAAUCAACGGUGCUUUUUUCGCAAGGCCACCACCAGCACUACGGGACCUGAGGGCCCCACACUUCAUAUACUGCACACAAGUCAGACCGGGCUUCCCCCCCUCAGCACGCCCACCAUAUCGCAGCGCACAAGGCAGUCACAAGCCACGGUACUACGGGGGCCGUGCUACCAGGGCCCCGUACUACCAGGGACCCUGUUACUACCAGAGCCCUGUGCUACCCGGGCCCCGUACUACCAGGACCCUGUACUACUACCAGACGCCCUGUGCUACCAGGGCCCCGUACUACCAGAGCCCUGUACUACCAGAGCCCUGUGCUACCAGGGCCCCGUACUACCAGAGCCCUGUACUACCAGAGCCCUGUGCUACCAGGGCCCUGUACUACCAGAGCCCCUGUACUACCAGAGCCCUGUGCUACAAGGGCCCCACACUAACCAGGGCCCCUGUACUACCAGAGCCCUGUGCUACCAGUGGCCCCAACACUACCAGGGCCCUGUACUACCAGAGCCCUGUGCUACCAGGGGCCCCGUACUACCAGGACCCACCACCACUACAGGGGCCCACACUACCAGGGCCCCGUACUACCAGGACCCCGUACUACCAGGGCCCCAACACUACCAGGGCAGGGCCCAACACUACCAGGGCCCCGCCACUACCAGGGCCCCCACACUACCAGGGCCCCACACUACCUCCGCCUCCGCAGAGUAAAGGCCAAGAAAUCUCCUCCAAGCUGCCAGAGCUGCUGAUCCGGUCCUGGGUGCAGGUUGACCCCAUACCUCAUGUGGAUCGCCGGGUGGGAGUGCUCUGUGGGACUGCACCGGUUUUAACUGUUGCACUAUUGGUUAAGCAGAGUGCAUCUGCAGCACUUCGUGUUUUAAUUUGUACACUAUCGAGGCGUGUCCACCACACACACCACCACACACACACCACACACACACACACACACACCGCACUCACACACUAUGUACAUAACACGGUUCUCCAACUCGUGGACUCACUCGUUCUCUUAGCAGAGGUUCAGCCCUCCCGACUCUUUUCCUGCUAUGGCCGAGGUGCUUCUGAAGCGGUGGGGUUCGAACAGCCGAAGGUGGAGUUGCAUGUACACCUGAUGGAGCCAUCAGAGUAACAGACCAUUCUAGACGUAGCCAAGAGGCGCGGUGUCUCCCUACCGGCCGACAUGUCGGAGGGGAUGACCCAGAUCAUCAUCCUCCAGGAGCCUGCCACCCUCACUGAGUUCCUUGGCAAGUUCGCCGAGUACAUGCACGUCAUUGCUGGAGACAGAGAGGCCAUCAAGAGGAUCGCCUACGAGUUUGUGGAGGACAAAGCCAAAGAGGGAGUUGUCUACGUGGAGGUGAGGUACAGUCCUCACUUCCUGGCCAACACUCAAGUGGAACCCAUCCCCUGGACCAGGAGGAGGGCGACGUGAGCCCGGAUGGACGUGGUGCGUCUGGUGAAUGAGGGCCUGAAGGAAGGAGAAAAGGCUUUCAAUGUUCAAGCCAGGUCCAUUCUCUGCUGCAUGCGUCACAUGCCAAACUGGUCCAUGACUGUGGUGGAGCUGUGCAAGAAGUAUCGUCAUGAAGGAGUGGUGGCCAUCGACCUGGCUGGAGACGAGUCCCUGAACACGGAUGCCCAGUCCGGCCACAGGUUGGCCUAUGAGGAGGCGGUGCUUUGUGGGAUACACAGGACCGUCCACGCAGGAGAGGUCGGCCCGCCUUCCGUGGUCAAAGAGGCGGUGGAGGUUCUCAAGGCGGAGCGCAUUGGCCACGGUUACCGGACUCUGGAAGACCCAGCCCUCUACAAACAGCUCCUGGAUCAGAAGAUGCAUUUUGAGGUGUGCCCCAUCUCUAGCAAAUUCACCGGAGCCUGUGACCCGGACUUUACCAAGCACCCGGUCAUCAGGUUCAGGAAAGACAAGGCAAAUUACUCUCUUAACACAGACGACCCGCUGAUCUUCAACUCCACCCUGAAUCUGGACUACCUCACUGCCCAGCAGCACAUGGGCUUCACCCAGGAGGAGUUCCAGAGACUGAAUAUCUGUGCAGCUGAGUCGUGCUUCUUACCCAAGGAGGAGAAGAAGGCGCUGCUCACCAAACUCUACGAGGCCUACGGCAUGCAGAAGUCCACCGGCUUCUGAAGCAGCGUGUGUAUGAUGGAGUCAUCGGAAAUCAAUUGACUGGUUGUGCACAAGUCAGAUCUGUGAGCCCAUCUCCACCUGACUCUCUAGAUGAAUGGACUAGAAGAAUAAUUCAUAAUUAUUAAUACAUGCCACCGGCAGGGUGCUGUGCAGCAGUGUUGGAUCAUAUUUUUACAGCUAAAACUCAAUUUUAAUGCAAGCCUCUUUUCUUCAUUCUUGUAAUAAAUCACUGCAUUUUAUGUUAAUAUAAAUAACUAAUUAUGUGCCUAUGGGAUUACAUUGAAUGCUUUAAAAAUAGCCACAUUUCUCAGGUAAAACUAGCUAAUGGGUAAUUUUAUCCUACUUCUCAACUGUAGAUGUCGCACUAAGUGUUGAUGGUACUUAAUGGCCGACAUGCAUUUCAGGAAGACUCCAGUUAAACAAAACUGUUCUUUUAAAGUAUUUUCUAUAUCAAAUCUUAAUUUGUAUUACACUGAUUGAUGGAAGAAAAGCACUUGUUUACUAUUCUCACAUUAUGUAAAGGCUCCAAUAAAAUAUGGAUUCUUGUAAAAUAUUGUUGCUCUUUAAGAUUUUCAGGAAGUCAUACUUAAAGUCAUGAAAGAAAUGAACAUCGUCCUUAUAUUAUGCAAGGCCAAACUAGAUUCUGAGUUGUUUAACUUUGACCAAGUUAGGAAGGGUAACACAGAGUUCCUAAACACAAUCCUUUACCUCAUAGGAUUCAACUAAAAUGGUUACCUGCUCAUUUCAGACAGGAAAUGUAAACAGCAGCUUCCUGUUCCUGUGUAAACCAAGCUGAUUCAAUAACAGUGAGGAAACAUGGCUCAUACAUCCAUUAAUGCUGCUUUACUUAUUAAGGUUUCACAUGUUCAUACCGCUCAAGGUAGUAUGCAAAUUCUCCAUUGUGUAAAAAUGAAGAGGUUUUAGAAAAUAUCAAGUAUGACCUUCACAUUAUACAUUUGGGUUUUUUAUUUUAUUUGACAAAGAAAAAUCCUAUUACAAAGAUAUCGCUGAACAUCUUGCAAUAAAUAUGAACGUGGUAUGGUACAGUACAAUGUUAAGUGUUAUGCUUACUGAGAGAAAAAUGAUUACAAUUGUACAAGAACACAACUUAACUAAAACAACAAACAUUGAGUAAUAAUAUGAUGGAGGUUAUGACGUUCAUGAUCCACAGAGGCUGCUUGGACCUUUUAAAGUGUUGUCAUAAAUAUCACUCUGGGCACACACACACACACAGGUCUUAAAGUCUGAUAAGUUCCUGUGCUUUCUCCUAAACGGCCAUCCACGUUAUAACCUCACUGCAGGAGUCAAAAAUACCUGGCAAGUGUCUCUCCACACACACACACACACACACACACACACACACACACACACACACACACACACACACACAC